AUGAUAUAUGAAUAUACUCUUCUCAGACCUCUCGAGAAGAAAAAGAAAUCCGCAUCUAAGGCGCCUAUAUUUCUCAGAGCCCUAAAGAUAUACGGCGCGCAGAGUCUUUAUCUCGAAGCGAAGACUACCUUCCAUUCCAUCAAUCAAUUCACAUAUAACAUUGUAAAAACUCUUAAAUUUGCAGAUCCUGAAGUAUGUGGGAUGUUUCGAAAUUUACUUUUGAUUAUACCUACCACCUUCACCCCAUUAUCACAGAUUCCAACCCAGAUGUCUAUUCUUUAUUCUUCUCUCCGUCAUUUAACACUUCGUAAGAUGUUCUCCUAUGAACACGGCGGAUUCGAAACGUUUCUCACACACUCAUUGCCGAAAUUCGAAAGAUUGAUCAGCGUGAAAGUCCAAUGCGAGUAUGGGAAAUUUCUCACUACAUCAUUUAUGCAAAAUCAGGAUAGAUGGAUAUCUCUAUUGAAAAAAAUGACCACGGGGGAGAAUGGAGAGUUUGUACAAGGUAUACAGAUGGAAGAGAAGGAAACCAGUGGCAACGCACCGAGUGCUCCUACUUGGGUUUGGACAGUUGAAAAUGGCAACUCGGAAGAAACUAAAAUUAUGGAUGGUAUGAAAAGAGAGAUAAACUUGGUUAUUAAGCAUAGAGUCUCUCAUGUCAAAUUUUAG